AUGACAACAUUUAGACCUGAGAUUUACACGCUCGAGGGCUACCCCCACCGUAGCGUUCAAUCGCCGGACAGAAUCCUGGAGCACCCGUACGAGGGCGUGGCCACGCUCUACGAUAAUUACCUGCGCGCUCUCUCCCUCUAUCCUCACAACGCCUGCCUGGGGACACGUCGAUACAACGCCGACGGCACUCGUGGCGAGUACGAGUUCUCCACCUUCAAGCAGGUGGCCGAGAAGGCCGAGAACCUCGCUUCGGGCCUUGUGAACCUUGGCAUAAGAGCCGGCGACCGCAUUGGCACGUACUCUAUCAACAGGGAAGAGGUGGUGCUGGCUGAGCUUGCUGCCAACCUGCAGUCCUUCACCACCGUGCCCCUCUACGACACGCUCGGCGAGGAUGCUGUCGAGUAUGUGGUCGGCCACGCAGAGAUCGCGGUGAUCAUCUGCAGCCGCGACAAGACCGACAAGGUUCUGGCCGUGGCCUCUAAGCUGCCCAAGCUGCGGUACGUGCUCCAAAUGGAGGACUUUGCCCAGCGCGCCAAGGUGGGAGACAAAUACAAGGCUAGCGAGGACUGGAGCAAGUGCCUGGCUGGCACGCAGGUCAAGCUCAUUGAGCUCCUGGAUGUCCUCAAGAGUGGCCAAACUGGCAGGCAGCAGCACGUGCCGCCCAAGCCCGAUGACCUGGCGUCGAUUCUCUACACCUCCGGCACCACCGGCGAGCCCAAGGGUGUGAUGAUUCUGCACCGCAACAUGGUGUCCUCGGUGGCUGGCGCCAUUAAGAGCACGCCCAUCUACCCCACCGACGUCCAUCUCUCCUACUUGCCCCUGGCCCACAUCUUCGAGCGCAUCGUCAUGAUUUCCGGUAUGUCGGCCGGCGCCAGCCUCGGCUUCUACCAAGGGGACGUCAAGAAGCUGGUCGACGACAUCGCAGAGCUGAGGCCCACCACCUUCGUCGGCGUGCCUCGCGUGUUCCACCGCAUCUACGACAAGAUCAUGCAGGGCAUCAACGAGUCCCCCUGGCCUCGAAGGAAGCUCUUCUACUACGCCUUCCAGGCCAAGACCGAUGCCCUCAGGAAAGGCGAGGAGACUCCUUACUGGGACACGAUCGUGUUCAGCAAGAUCAAGGCCCGCUUCGGCGGACGCAUUCGUGUGGUCAUCUCCGGCUCUGCGCCGCUCUCGCCCACCGUACAGCACUUCCUUAGAGUCUGCUUGGGCUGCCCCGUGCUGCAGGGCUACGGUCUCUCCGAGACCUGCGCUGUCGCCACCGUGGCCACGCCCGAGCACACCGGCUAUGGCCAUGUUGGCGUUCCGAGCCAGUGCUGCGAAAUCAAGCUGUUUUCUGUUCCCGAGAUGGAAUACAACGUCACGGACGUCGAUGAAGAGGGCCGGCCCACGCCUCGCGGUGAAGUCUGCAUCCGCGGACCCAACGUGUUCGUCGGCUACUACAAGAUGGACGAGGCCACCAAGGCCACGUUCACCGAGGAUGGCUAUCUCCAGACCGGCGACAUCGGUCGGUGGAAUCCCGACGGCACGCUGUCCAUCAUCGACCGCAAGAAGAACAUCUUCAAGCUCUCUCAGGGCGAAUACAUCGCUGCGGAGAAGCUGGAGGGCGUGUUCACCCGCAGCGCCUACAUCUCGCAGAUGUUCGUGUAUGGCGACUCCUACAAGUCCUACCUCGUCGGCGUGGUCGUCCUCGACUUGGAAGCGCUCGUGCCCUGGGCGAAGCAGAACCUGAAGACGAAUGACUACAGCGGCGCUGCUCUCUGCGCAAACCCCGAGCUGCGCGGCUUCGAGCUGGUGAAGGCCAUCCACCUGGAGCACGCGGAGUUCAGCAUCGAUAACGGGCUUGUCACCCCGACCUUCAAGCUCAAGCGUGCCGCCCUCAAGAAGCACUAUGAGGAUGAGCUCAACAAGCUGUAUGAGGACAGGGACGCCCUCAAGCAGGAAAAGCACCAGAGCGCGGCACCUCCUGCUUCGUUCGAGAAGGCCAAACUGUAG